AUGGUCUUAACUGGUACUUGUCAACAUUUGCUCAAAUCAUCUCUUGAUAAGGCAUUUACAAUCAAAGACUUGGGUGCAAUGAAGUACUUUAUAGGGAUUGAAGUUUUCAGGAAUACUCAUGGAACUUUUCUGAGUCAAAGAAAGUAUAUUUCUGAUAUUGUUCAAGAAUUUCAGCUUUCUCAUGAUAAACCUGUCACUACUCCUUUGCCUAAGGGUCUAGGUUUAUCCACUGAUGUUGGUCAGGUUCUUGAACACCCUGAAAAGUAUAGACAGCUUGUGGGUAGAUUGCUAUACUUGAACAUUACAAGACCUGAUUUGUCCUAUACUACUCAGCACCUAAGUCAGUUCCUUAGCUGUCCAAGGGAACCUCAUAUGCAAGCAGCACUUCAUGUUGUAAAGUAUCUUAAAAACACAGUUGAUUUAGGCCUAUACUAUUCUGCUAAUUGUGAUUUACAUCUUCAAGGCUACAGUGAUGCUGAUUGGAGCUCUUGUGUUUUUAGCUGCAAGUCAUUAAGUGCUUAUUGCAUGUUUUUGGGAUCUCAUUUGGUUUCUUGGAAAACCAAGAAACAAAAGACUGUGAGUAAAUCUUCUGCUGAGGCAGAAUAUAGGAGCAUGUCUAGUGCUGCUUCUGAAAUGGUGUGGUUGAGGGUUUACUGCAAGAUUUAA